CGAGUGUGACAGUGAGAUAGAGAUAGAAAGAGAGAGAGAGAGAGCAGUGUGUGUCUUUAUGUACUUCCAACAUCCCACUCUCUCUCACUCCCCACUCUUCUUUCCUCUUCUCUUCUCUUCUUCCACAUCACUCAUUCUCUCUCUACUUUUUCUUCAUCCACCAAUUAGCAACACAUUCAUCUUUCUCUUUAUUUACAACAAUCUUCUUCUCCUUCCUUCAUCAACCGUCACAAUCUAGCCACCUUCUCUUCUCUCCAUCUCACUAAUCAUAUCACAUACUUCAUUCAAACAACCCUGUUCUCCUCUUUGCAUCUCUAUCCUUUUUCCUUCCAUACCUUCAUCUUUUAUUAUUCUUCUUGGCCACAGAAGAAGACACACCUUAUUUCCUUCAAACCUUUUCUCUGGGCUGUCUUUUCUCGUGAAAAGCGAGGAUAUUUAAUAUUUUACAUUGAGAUGUUCAAGGUUAUGGAAAACAUGGAGAGGGGUUCAGAAAGGUGUUUAGAUUCUCAACUUUGGCAUGCCUGUGCUGGUGCCAUGGUUCAAAUGCCACCUCUUAACACAAAAGUCUUCUACUUUCCCCAGGGCCACGCGGAACACGCUAAUGGGAAAGUAGAUUUUGGCCAAACCAGGGUUCCACCACUCGUCCCUUGCAGACUCUCUGCCAUGAAAUACAUGGCAGACCCUGACACAGAUGAGGUGUAUGUCAAAAUGAGGCUGAUCCCUUUGAGGGAACAUGAAUUGGAUUUGGAGGAUGAUUGUUUCUUGGGGAACACUGUGGAGGGUCAAGAGAAACCUCCUACCUCUUUUGCCAAGACACUCACACAAUCUGAUGCCAACAAUGGUGGAGGGUUUUCUGUGCCUCGUUACUGUGCAGAAACCAUCUUCCCGAGGUUGGACUAUUCAGCUGAGCCUCCAGUUCAGACAAUCAUCGCCAAGGAUAUGCAUGGACAGUGCUGGAAGUUUAGGCAUAUCUAUAGAGGGACGCCUAGGAGGCAUCUUUUGACCACUGGAUGGAGCAAUUUUGUGAAUCAGAAGAGGCUUGUUGCUGGGGACUCCAUUGUGUUUCUGAGGGCAGAAAACGGAGAUCUUUGUGUUGGGAUAAGGAGGGCUAAGAAGGGGAUUGGUGGAGGGUCUGAGUUCUCUUCCGGAUGGAACCCUCUCUUUGGUGGGGGUUCUGGAUUCUUGUGUGGGAGUGAGAGCAACUUGGUGGGUGGUGUAAAAGGCGGUGGUGACGAGAUGGUAGGAAGAGUGGCUGCUGAAUCUGUUGUUGAGGCCGUAGCUUGUGCUGUUAAUGGUAGGCCCUUCGAGGUUGUGUACUAUCCAAGAGCUAGUUCCCCUGAGUUUUGUGUUAAGGCUUCUGUUGUGAAGGCUGCGAUGCAAAUUCAGUGGUGUUCUGGGAUGAGAUUCAAAAUGCCCUUUGAAACUGAGGAUUCUUCUAGGAUUAGCUGGUUCAUGGGCACCAUUUCUUCUGUUCAGGUUGCAGAUCCCAUUCGUUGGCCUGAUUCUCCUUGGCGUCUUCUGCAGGUGGUAUGGGAUGAACCGGAUUUACUACAGAAUGUGAAGUGUGUAAACCCUUGGCUGGUUGAACUAGUCUCUAACAUGCCCACCUUCAAUCUCUCUGCAUACUCACCUCCUAGAAAGAAACAACGCUUCCUACAUGACCCAUAUUUUCAAGUCAUCAACCAACUCCCAAUGCCAUCAUUCUCUAGCAAUCUUCUGAAUUAUACCAACUCUCUUUGUAACAUUGAAAAUAGUAGUUCUGCAGGCAUACAGGGAGCCAGGCAUGCUCAAUUUGGACUAUCUCCAUCUGAUUUUCCCUUCAACAAGCUCCCAACAGACAUGCUUCUAGGUGGGUUCUCUAGGCUCGACCAUGCAACAAAACCUGUUAGGCCUCCUUGCGGAACCUAUAAGAACAGCACUUCUAAUACUAGUACUAAGACCAAUGUUGACAUAUCUUGCCUGUUGACUGUGGGAAAUCCCAUCCCGAAUUUUAAGGAAUCGAAUGCAACAAAAGCACCCCACAUCUUGUUAUUUGGAAAACUUAUUCACACUGAGCAAAAGAGUUCAAACACCAGCUCUGCAAGUACAACUGGGAAUAGUGUGUCUGAGGGGAAUUCACUCAAGACAUCUAAUGCUUCUGAUGGCCUAGGUUCUGCUGUGCACCAAAAUAGCCCAAUUGAGAAUAAUUCUGAUGGAGGGUCUCCCUGGUACAAGGAUCAGCACAAGGCUGAUCUGGGAUCCGACAACGUUAACACGUUAUGCAUUGCUUUGUAACAAAUCAACUUAUUUUCAGUUGCUGCGCCAGUGAGUUCUUGAGGAAAUCGUGCGGCUAACUAUUUUUAACAUAUUUCAACAGCUUUAGUGCUUCCUUUGUUGUAUAGGCGUUGUUUUUCCUUCGGCAUAAUUGUACUUAGGUGCAAGUUAACAAAAAUAUUACCCAUUCGAUUCAGAAACAUCAUAAUUAUUAUAAGUUGUUAUUCCAACUGAGUAAUCAUGAAAACAAUAGAGGGGUAAUAUUUUUGUUAACUUUCACUCACUUAAGUUUCCUCUCUUGCUACAUUUCUUAUGAGGGAGAAUCCCUCUUCCAAUUAUGGGAUAUGAUGUAACUCAUCAUAGAGAUUGUCUUCUUCAUUUAAUAUUCAUGUUCCCAUAAAUUUCUCUAGGUCAUCUUUAUCCAAAAUUAUCAAUUCCUUUCUGUUUC